AACAAAACAAAACAAAAACAUUGUUUCUCUUGUUCACUUUUUUUUGUGUCUACUCACGCCAACACUCCCCUGCUUAACUUGUACGAGGUGAGAUAGAUACAUACACUCUUUGUUCCUCUGACCCUGUCUCUCGAACCUAAAACCCAUUCUCUUUUUUCUCUAAAACCUUCGUCCUUGUCAAACGGAAACGCAUUGCUUCGCUUCGCACACUUUUAUGGACUGUGAAAUUCGCGACACUGACGGUACUGACAAUGAUUUUUCUCCCUCAAAUCAGAAUAGAGUUCUCAGAGGUAGCAGUGUUGCAGGCGAUAAAGAAUCUUUUCUAGCUUCAAUUCCAGACACUAGAUUGUAUAUGACAUGGAGGUUCAAAUUCAUCUACUUGAGCAGGAAGCAUACUCUGCUGUAUUGCGUGCUUUCAAAGCUCAGUCUGAUGCUCUUACUUGGGAGAAGGAAGGUGUGAUCACUGAGCUUAGAAGAGAAUUGAGGGUUUCAGAUGAUGAACACAGGGAACUUCUUUCCAGGGUUAAUGCUGAUGAAAUAAUUCACCGAAUAAGGGAAUGGAGACAAACUGAUUGUUACCAACCUGCAAGGCGCACUACAUCUCAACCUGUUCAUGACAUUUUACCUAGUCCAACUGUUUCAGCAUCUCGCAAAAAGCAGAAGACUACCCAUUCGGGUCAGUCAUUGCCUGGUUUGUCUUCAGUGAAGUCUAUGCAGUAUGCUUCUACGGCACCAACUGGAGGUAGGCAUUUCAUGAAUCGCAGUUCUUCUGGUGCUCUUGCAUCUAAUGCAACUGCUGAUGCAGCUGCUUUUGAUCCAUUGGUCGGGAAGAAGGUUUGGACGAGAUGGCCUGAAGACAAUCACUUUUACGAGGCUGUCAUAACUGAUUACAACGCUGCUGAGGGCCGGCACGCAUUGGUUUAUGAUAUUAAUAAAGCAAAUGAGACUUGGGAAUGGGUUGAUCUCAAAGAGAUUUCACCUGAGGAUAUACGAUGGGAAGGUGAAGAUCCCGGCAUAGUCCAUAGAAUUGGACAUAGUGGGCAAGGUCGUGGAGCUAAGAAAUUCUUUAGCCGUAGCGGUGAUACUUUGGGUGCUGGAAGAGGAAGAGGACAUCCCAGAUUUCAGGCCAGAAAAGAACUUCACCCUCCUCAAAAUAAUGGUAUUGGAGAGAGAGUAUCCGAUGACAUUGAGUUGAUGAACACAGAUACACUUGUUAAGGAGGUGGAGAGGGUUUUUGCAACGAGUCCUCCAGAUUCUAUGGAGCUUGAGAAGGCAAAGCAAAUGCUGAAAGAGCAUGAGCAGGCGCUUCUUGAUGCAAUUGCAAGGAUUGCAGAUGCAUCGGAUGGUGAAAGUGAUGGAGAACAACCAUUCUUGCAUGGACAAUUGCUGGACAGGGGAUAGUGGAGAUAAUCAUCUUUGAAUAUGAUCUUGAUAUUUAGCUCUCAUGAAGUCUCAUGGAAAUGUUGAAUGCAACUAAUUCACUUCAGAUUCUCUUCUUGCUGAUGCACUGUCUUCCUAAACUUACCCGGUUGAAAAAUGUCCACAUGCUCCAUUUUUUGUUGAUUAAGAAUAGAGACUAAUAUUUAUUUAGCACAUCAAUUGUUGUGCAACUGUAAAAUACUAGCACUGUUUUUUUGUCUUGGAAACUGGAUGAGAUAUGGGAAAAAUCGUUUGGAUGUACUCUAAA